AAGGACUGACGGUGAAACCCGGGGAAACUUUCCUUCCCCCCCCCCCCCCCCCAGAAAAAACCCCCUCACACGGACAAGAUCAGAAUCAUCAGGAAAGUAUGUUCGCCCUGCGGAUGGUGACCUUGGCUUCUCCGCCGGCUAAGACGAUAGGUUUGAAUAAUUAAUAAUAAUAAAUAUAUAUAUAUAUAUAUAUAUUUAUAUCUCAAUAAAAUCAAGGGCAACUUGAUCAUCCCAGAUGACAGCCGAACUCGAAGGGUCUCUCUCCUCGGCAGCCUGAGUGGUUACCAAAUGCGCACAAGGCGAACGCAGGAUGGCUGUCCUCCUCCUCCUCCUCCUCCUCUCCAAGAGUAAAAGAGUGAAAAGAGGAAUAAGUUGUUCCCGAUGACAGGCUCCUGCGCUGUAACUCCCAGACAAGAUCCAGUGGCCCCCUGCUUGUCCACAUGCAGGCCAAGAAAAGGUAUCUUCUAGUGUCAUUGGGCGCCUGUCUUUUGCUGCUUUUCUACUUGGGAGGAGCACGGUUCCGACUGUUGCCCCCAAAUUUACCUUCAUCUUCAUCAUUGUCAUCUGAUCAUCUUCACCACGAUGUCAGGAAUCAGGCUUCACCCCCCAUCGGACGCCGCUGGCCUGUGUGGAUUAACCUCUUGAGCAGCUAUUUCAGCUUGGAAGAUGGGCAAAAUAAUGAAGAGGAGGGAACCCACCUUGGCGUCAACCCUGGACUUUCUCCAAGGGAGAGGAGAGAGAUCAAAGCAAACGUUUAUAAGAAUCGAAAAUGCAGGAUGGAGACUUGCUUUGAUUCCUCUCUCUGCCAAAGGAAUGGAUUCAAAGUGUACAUCUAUCCGCUUCAAAAGGGGGAGAAGAUUUCUGAAAGUUAUCAGAAAAUCCUUACUACUAUUGAGGAUUCGAGAUAUUAUACAUCAGAUCCAAGACAAGCAUGCUUGUUUGUCCUUAGCAUUGAUACCUUGGACAGAGAUCAACUUUCAUUUCAGUAUGUUCAUAAUGUAAAAACUAAAAUUCAAAGCCUCCCACUGUGGAAUAAUGGAAGAAAUCAUCUUGUAUUCAAUCUGUAUUCAGGGACCUGGCCUGAUUACACAGAAGAUUUAGGGUUUGAUAUCGGGCAGGCAAUGUUAGCCAAAGCCAGCAUCAGUAUGGAUAACUUUCGAUCUGAUUUUGAUGUGUCCAUCCCCUUGUUUUCCAAAGAGCAUGCUCAAAAAGGGGGCGAGAGGGGCUGGCUUAUGUACAACAAUGUGCCACCCACAAGAAAAUACCUGUUGGUUUUUAAAGGUAAAAGAUACCUAACUGGCAUUGGGUCAGAAACCAGAAACGCCUUGUAUCAUGUACAUAAUGGAGAAGAUAUUAUUUUGUUAACUACUUGUAAACAUGGGAAGGACUGGGAAAAACAUAAAGAUUCCAGAUGUGAUAAAGAUAACGAGGAAUAUGAAAAGUUUGAAUACCAAGAAUUGCUGCACAACUCAAGCUUUUGUCUUGUCCCAAGAGGGAGGAGGUUGGGCUCUUUCCGAUUUCUGGAGGCUCUUCAGGCUGCAUGUAUCCCAGUAUUACUGAGUAAUGGAUGGGAGCUACCAUUCUCAGAGAUCAUUGAUUGGAGUAAUGCUGCAAUUAUUGGGGAUGAGAGGCUUCUUCUACAGCUUCCUUCAAUAACUAGAUCUGUACACCAUGAGAAGAUACUGGCACUACGGCAACAAACACAGUUCCUGUGGGAUGCUUAUUUUUCUUCUGCAGAAAAGAUAGUAUUAACUACUUUAGAGAUCAUACACGAUAGGAUAUAUUCGCAUAUAGCAAGAAAUAUGUUCAUAUGGAAUAAACCACCAGGUGGACUUUACAUAUUACCACAGUAUUCAACAAAUUUAGCUGCUCUUCCUUUUUAUUAUUUAAGUUUGGGUAUAACCCCAGCAGAGGAGUUCACAGCAGUCAUUCAGGCAGUUUCUCCUCUUCUGUCGCAGUCCCAGCCGAUUGUUAAACUGAUAUUGGCAGUUUCGAGAUCAAAAUACUGCAAGCAGAUUAUAGUGUUAUGGAAUUGUGAUAGAGCAUUGCCACCCAAGAGCAAAUGGCCCUCCAUCCCAGUGCCUAUAACUGUAAUUGAAGGAGAAAGUAAGAGUAUGAGUAGCCGUUUCUUCCCAUAUAACAUCAUCCAGACAGAUGCUGUACUCAGCUUAGAUGAAGACACUGUGCUGUCAAGCAACGAGGUUGAUUUUGCCUUCAUUGUAUGGCACGGUUUCCCAGACCGUAUCGUUGGUUACCCAGCCAGGAGUCAUUACUGGGACAACAGUAAAGGGCGAUGGGGGUACACGUCAAAAUGGACCAAUGAAUACUCCAUGAUUCUGACAGGAGCAGCAUUUUAUCACAGAUAUUAUCACUACCUGUACAGCUAUUACUUGCCAGCCAGUCUUCACAACAUGAUCGACCAGAUGACAAACUGUGAAGAUAUCCUAAUGAACUUUCUGGUUUCAGCCAUCACCAAACUCCCUCCAAUUAAAGUCACACAGAAAAAGCAGUAUAAGGAAACCAUGAUGCAACAGGGAUCAAAGACUUCCCGCUGGGCUGAUCCGGAUCAUUUUGCACAACGCCAGACCUGCAUGAACACUUUUGCCAGCUGGUUUGGCUUCAUGCCUCUCAUUCACUCACAAAUGAGGCUGGAUCCCAUCCUUUUCAAAGACCAAGUCUCCAUCCUGCGCAAGAAGUACCGGGAUAUUGAACGGUUAUAGAGGCCUGCCGCAGACAAUUGAGCUGGGUCGUUGGACUUGCAAGCCUGUGACAAUUGGCUGUUAUAUUUAUAUAGAGCCCCCAAGUAACUCUUGAUGAUGCUGUAACACGGAACAACAAGAAUACUGCACCUUCUGGGGACCAAACAACAAAGAAACUAGUGCAAUUUGAAAGAAAGAUAGCUGCCAGGCAGGCUUUGGAGAUGUUUCUGAUCAUAUUAUUGUUUUAUUUUGUGUAUACAGACUGAAGUUUCUGACAAUCGUGCCUAAUCUUUGAGGAUUUUAGGAAUAAAUAACACAUAGCAAAUUUAUGGUCAAAGAAUGUACAUUUUCUAUUUAUAGCUUGCAAGGGGAUUGGAGAGUUCAGCUGAAUACCAAUCAGUUUUUUUUUGUUUUUGCUUAUUCUUAUGAAAAUGUAGUUGUCAUCGCUUACAUUUUAAUUAUUUCUCUGUGACAGAUGUGUCUUUCUAAAUGGUCAAUAGUAUAUUCAAUGAGAACAAAGAGAAACGGUGUGUAGCAACUAAGUAUAGUUACAGAAUAACAUGCACAGUUUAGCUUUGAAAUUAUACUGCACGCUGGGUCGAGAAAGAAGCCUUUACGGGUGCUAAUGAUCGAUUCACACCAACUGAAUUCAGAGCUGGAUGAAACCAUUGGUCCUUAGUCAUGAACCUUACAAUAUCUGAGAAGAUUGCUAGGAUCAGAAUUCGGUACAGUAAUGAACCAUACACUUGCAAUCUUAAACAAUAACAUUAUAUUUUAAUAUAGCAAUUGCUAUUCUUAGUAUAGAUAAUAUACAGUGUUUUUGGCUUUGUGGUCUAAGUAGAUACAAAAAAAAUGGGACCAAUGGUGAUGUCCUGUAGCCCAAUGGGCUUGGAAUUUCUACUGGUUCUGAGCAGUCAGUAAUGUACAAAAGGAUUCUUGGAAUCCUAGAAAUACAUCUUUAAAAUAAGCACCCCACAUAUCCAAAAUAAAUAAACAAGCCAGUUUUGAGAUAGCAUGCUCCAAGGUCGCUUCUGCUAAUAGUAGUAACAAUGAAUUUGUCUAGGUGACUGGUCAUUUGCCAGUUCUAAGCUGCUUUUUUUAAAAACCUUUUUCAAAGUAUACAGGUUAGAUUUAUAGAUUCAUUCCGACUGUAUGCCAAACUUUUCAAAGGAUAGCCACAAGCAAUGAUUCAUUUAAAAUCUGAUUGUAUCACUGCACAUUGAUUGCCAGACCAAGAGAUUAGGAAAGAAAUUUAAAACAAAGAUGGCACUUUAUGAUGUUGCUGGCUUAUCAUUACAAAUUUAUAUUAUACCCAUAUGCCAAUAUGAAACAUUAACAUAUUCCAUUUGUUUUGUUAUGAUCUAGAUGGAACCCUGCGAUAAAAUAGCUUUUAUGUUGAGAAAUUUCUACAUUAACGCAACAGGAGUUCCAGUUCUGUGACAGAAAUUCUCUGAAUGUAUUGAUAGUCACAAGGGUAUUGUUUUGGUUGGGUCAAUAAUACAUUUACGUGGAGAUUCAAUGAAUAGCAGAGCAACUUGCACUCUGGUUUAUUGAGUCAAGUUACUUCUGGAAUGGGACUUCAUGAACCCCCCCACCCCCCACCACCCAUCCCCAUGACUUACUUCAAACAUGUUCUUAUCGAUAUCUCAGUUAAGCAAACUAAAUACAGGUAACAUUCAACGGUAGCACUUUCGCAAAAUGUGUCCAUGCAGCAAUUUGUAGAUUUUAACAGCUGAUUGCAUUCUCAUUUAUAAUAUUUAUGAAAGAAAUCAAAUGGUCAGAGGGAUGAGGUUUAAUCCGUUUAAUUUUCUGGUACGAAACUGCAGUUAAAGUAAUAAUGAAUUGUUGAUUCCACUCUGAUUGAUAAAUUUGCUCUUAAAUAAUCUUGACCCUUUCAUUGGUUCAUUUUGUCUAUGCUGAAGUUAUUUUUCUAGCGUAUUAAUAGUAAUCAUUGAGAAGUUAUGUUUAAAAUUUGAAAUUCAGUUACCUUGAUUCAUAAAAAUUUCAUAGUUUCUAAUUGAAUUAUAUCUCUUCAACAGAUCCGGUAACUUGUCUUGCAAGAUAAAAAUGGACAAAAUCUAGACUUUCUGGCCACAGUCCAUUGGUUUUCUGCUAUCCCUGAUUUGGAUAGGCCAAAUAUGUCCUUGGGAAUGGGCACCACAAUGUCCUAUCUCCACACUUACUGGACAGGAGUUAGAUAGCAAAAUAAUGUGCCACUUAUAUUUGGGCAGAUGCGCAAAAGUCACAUGGGAAGUGAGGGAACACGGCCUCCACCAUGUUGUGUACUAUUUUCCCCAGCAACUUCCAAUGUUCAAAGGUUGGUGGGGCUGGUGAGGGAGCCUUGGCAAUUCAAUCAUGGAGGGGAUUGUGAAAGUACUCACAGCCAUGGCUGUGCACAGAUCCAAAGCAGAAGGAGGAAAAUACUUAGGGAAGAAAUUCUUUUCUUCGAGCAGCUUGGUAGCUGCCUUCCUCCUCCUGUUGCUUAGGUGCUGCCCCAACCAAUGCAGCUUCUCAGACAAAGGGCAGAAGGGCUACCUCCCAUAUUCAAGUGGCUCUAGGGCCAGAGAGUUGGUCAUGCCAGGGGGUACCUAGGUGACUCACCCACCCCAUUGGAGAGGCUACCCAGUUGAAACAUCUAGGUCAACUGACCUAAAGUAGUGUUGGAAAAACAAAUGGCAACACUCAUCCUUCAGUAGUUACAGCCUCGACUGCAAUACCAACUUUUCCCAGAAGCCAGCAUUGGCACUGUUUGUGCAGAUAUUUAGUGUAGGCUACUCCUACAGGGACCAGAGAUGAAGCCUAUCAGAGAACUCCACAACAGGGCUGCAAUUUUCCUGUAACAUAUAUGUUCUACACAGCAUGCAUUAUGUAAAGCAUAUCCAAUAAACAUACCUAAUUAAACAGGUACCAAUGCAGAAUAAUGCACAAAUGAAUUGUAUUCAAGAAGCAUUCUUUUUAACCCUAUAUAUUGUUUUCCUUCCAUGAAAGCAUAAUAAGCUUAAGGUUAAUAGACCAUGGCGUACAAUAUUACAAUAUUUCAAUCGCUUUCUCUUACUGUGGUGUUUCCCUCAAAGUGCUACACUCUGAUAAACUAUCCUUCCAUUUACAGGGUCUGUUUGUUUUUUUUCCUUUGCAAGCUCCCUAUUAUUGGAUCAACAUCAGCAUAUCAGUAUUGUUUCUUGAUUUAAUGAUAUAUUAGUUUUAGUGUAUUUUUCUGUCAUUUGAUAUAUGUACAUUUUAUUGAUAUUAAUUUGUUUCAAAAUUUGUACAGCAUUUGGUUUCUGAGUAACUGUUAAUAAUAUAACAACUUCAGAUCAGCAGGGUGUCAAUAAUACUUUGAAGUGAAUUUUGCUGGGAUAAAUUUAAAAUGUACUGUAAACUGGAUUAGAUUUUGGGUUUAGCCAGUUCUCAACUAAUUAUUGGAAAGAAUGUAGUAUUUAAAUUAGAUUGUGCAAUGCAACACCCAAGCCAUAUAAUGAAAUAUUUUGUUUAGAAUGGUUCUCAGAAGUCAAUGCACAAUAUCAGCAUGUCCUUGCACAGCAUAUGUAGUUGAGGCAUAAUUAUGAUUGUCGUCACAGGAUGAGUUUGAAAGCGAAUCUCAAUUAAAUACAUCAUGUUUUUAACAUUUAACCAUACAAUCAAAUAUUUGCCCAUUUCAAGUGUUGCCUAACCACAUAGCUUUAACGACAUUGCACAUAUCUUUAUUCAGUAGAGGUUAAAUGCAUUGUGUUGCCAGGUUUGUUUAUUCUGAAUUCUAAUUUUAGUCUUGCCUUGGUUGUACUUCCACAUAUCUGAACUGUUACACAAAAUGCAAUACUUUGGUUCACUGUGGUCUAGUUUUUAACAUGCUGGGCUGUUAGAAGUCCUCACAGGUAUGAUGGAAGAGGUAUCAAAAAACGUAACGAUUUCCUUUGCCAAUGUACUUUCCCAGGUGGUCAAGGAAGAGAUCCAUCAAUAGAAAACUCCUUGAAAUCCUGGGGUCUGUGUUCACAUUCCUGCUCGAUCUGGCUUACAUGCAGACCUGCCAUAGCAUGCAGCCAUGUCACAGUGCUGAAUCAGCAAGUGUGAAAUGUACACUCUACUUUCCACUCUGCUUAUGUAGAGCAACUUGCAGAUUUUUUUUAGAUAUAAAAAGAAACAAAUACUGUAAAUGCCAAUUUUCUAUAAAUGACUCAAUUUGUUGAAAUAAAAUGAUUUUUUUUUUAAAUGA